CACCAGUCGUCCUUCACUGUUACAAAUCAUCGAUAAGCUGCUAACUCAACUCUCAAAAUCAGAGACAGUCUAUUUAUAUCGGAAGAUAGCCUACAAUGAUAUUGAAAGAUAGCCUUCUAUAUAUCGGAAGAUUGCAGUGCUUAUUGCAAUCUGGAGCAAAACAAACAUCGUCCUGAACUGUCGAAGCAUUGAUAAUCUACUAUAUAUCGGAAAAUAGCCUCCUAUAUAUUGGGAAAUAGUGUACUAUCCAUCGGACUACGCAUGUGAUAUUUUCGUUCAUUGUCCUGCAUUGAUAUUUGACUCGGUAUAAAAACUUAUAGUGACAUUGAUCCUUUCCUUCUUCCGAUACUUAUUAGUUCUUUUGUGACGUCAUCGAUACGUUCGAGUAUUCAACGUAGAUUGAAAUGAGGAAUUUGUUCGUGACUCUUUACUAAGGCUGUAAAAUCCAAGGGGAAAAUGGCGCGAUCUGGUCAUGACGAGGAGGUCUUCUUUUCCGCUUGUUUAACACCAACCGAUUGUUACGUCACAAUGGCCCCUAUCUGUGGCACUUCCGAGUCGGCUGACGACCAUACUCCGACAAAGAACGCAGAAGAGCGAGCAGCCCGACCAACCCCUGCCCGUCGCCGGCGUAUCAGUCAUCCAAACCGAAAUCUGUCCGGCCGUCGAUCGCGCGUCCUCUCACCAACGUUCGAACCAGUGACGAUUCAGGUACAUUCAACAUACGACAACCUAGAUAUUGCGCCGCAACCGCAAUACGAAACACCGCGUCUGAAGCUCCCGGAACCUCGGCGGGACGUGGAAAGCCAAUAUGAAAAUGUAGUCAUGAGACCGCAGCGGCAAUCACCGAGGGUACAACCGCGGGCAAGCCAUGCGGUGCUCACGCAACAUGUUAAUCCACAACCGGCGUUGCCGCUUCGAUCUAAAGUCAGAGAGUCAUAUUCACCGCAGCCAUCGACCGAAAAACGAUUUUCGAGAAAUAUAAACCCGGAUAUCCAGCAGCAGCUCGAAAAGGCCGUGUUGCGGCGAAGAGAUCCGGUUUCCCAGAGUCCGCCGAGUCCAAAGAUUAUUACGCCCCAGCCGGUUCAGAAAUUCCCCUCCUAUGAUCCGGUCUUUCCCGGUUUUAAGAAAACCGGUUCAAUUGACUUCGACGCUCGGAUCUACCGAUGCAACGAACUUGCAAGGGAAAACAUAGGAAAGCAGACCCUAAUAACGGGUGAAGAAAAUUUCGCGUGUGCCUAUGUCAACCAUCUUGGUGGCUACUUGAAGCUGAUGCGCUCUCAAGCGACGCUUUUUAUUCCGCCUCAUGCCAUACUCGGAGAUCCGGAACCGGUUGUGCUCUACUUCAUGUCCAAGACGAAUCAGGUCGGGUACUCGCCGCUUGUCAGUUGCCUACAACCGGAUCAGUUUCUCGUGAGUCCGAUCAUAUACAUCGGUAAACCGGGUUUCAAGUACAGUACGGUCGAUGUGGUGUUAUCGUUUCCUAUUGAUGAGUCACACAAUACCGCUAGUUUCUUCAGCGUUCUUUCCGUCAAAACAUUCGAUGCUGCUUUCUGUCCCGAGAGCGCAAAAUGGCGGAUCUUGGCUCCGGGUCACGACUACUUCUUUUCAGUUUGCGGUGGGCGUGGCAUCCUCAUGGUAUCCCAGUCCGCCUUCUACGUCAUCAGAGCCACAAAGGCGGCGCCGGAAUAUCAGAACAUGGCGAUACCUAGGGAUACCUCAAAGAGAAAGAUUCGAGUGGCUCUUUUUGGUCGAUCUUUACCGGAAUCCAAUAGAGCCAAACUUCAUGUCGUGUUCUGCAAAGACUGUGACAAAGAGGUCGAGAGAGUAAUCGAAUCCGAGAAGCAAGAUUCAUUCCGUAAGUUAGACCACGUGAGGGCGCUGUCCAUCCAGACGUCGUCGGGGCAGCCGAUCUGGGUCUCCUUCUGUCAGCUGAAGAACACUUCAUGGAUUCUACAGACCAGCUCUACCGCGAAAUUCACGCAUGACGAUCUAUUCAACUACGCUGAUCAAUACCCACCCUCGGUAACCUUUGCCCUUUCAAACCCCACCACUGACCUCAUGUCAACGGAAGCGUUCGUCCAGUGCAUGGUGGUCGUUCACGAAGGAGCCACGGCUAAUUACCAGGAUGCAGAUGUGAGCAGCUUCGUUCAUCUGGUGGGUGACGUAACUGUGGCAAAGAGUGGCCAGUUCCAAAGCCAAUCACUUGGUCGAGCUUCCGGAAGACGUCUUCCGGCUUUGACUCUACCACCUUCCACUGGAGAACCACUUGGCACACACCCUAGCAGUGCGUCCAGUCAUCCGCCUAUAUCACCGCGAUCCUCCCAGACACCUUCGGACUGCCCUUCGGCGUCACCGCCACCAGUUCCGGGUGACCGAAUGUCCGUGUUGCUGUUAAAUUCGUACGAGCUCGACACGACGAAAGGAUGCUUCGAGGAGAUCUACGUUUCCUACCAGACUUUAGCGGAGCUUUGCUUGCUGCUACAGGCGGCCAAGACCGAAUCAAGCAAGAGCGACUGGAUGAAAUUUGCCAAUAAGAUUGGGCUUUCAAUGCAGCAGGUUGACCGGAUGUCCGAUCGCUACACUUUCCAGUCCCCACUUUCCAUCAUCCACCUCUUCUUCGGCACCUGUCCGGCAGCGACAUCGUGCUGCCAGUCGACGUCGCCUCGGGACAAAGCCCGAGGACUUCUCGCCCGCCUCCUCUCCGUCUUCCAAGAAAUGAAACGCGACGACCUGACCCGCGUCGUCCGGCGCGAGCUGACGCGCUUCGACCAAGAGACCGACCGCUACAGCAAGUUCCUCUUCGAAGGGGGCCAGUUCGAGAUCAGGACAAACGUUGGAGGCGCUGCUAACGCGAACAGGGGACAACCCCGGCACUCGUUUAGCGACGGUGACGUAACGAUGGUGGCCUCUUCGGGGGAAACCACCAAAGGUCGUCUGAAUGACAUCGUGAACUGGUUCAAAAACAAGUCAUCUGAUGUCUUCAGACUGGCGGGAAGCAGCAAAGAAACAACCGUGGAAGAACUCUACGAAGUCCCGCCGGCGAAUUUCAGCGUCUUUGAUGAUCAGAACACGUACGAAGCACUCCUACCGAUUAAGGGACGGAAAAACUCAGGCAGCGAUAAGAGAAAGGAAAAGGCGAAGCAAAAUGAAUAUUAUUAAGAUUUAAAGGAUCGAUGCACCUAGCUAAACCCUGGAGAUUUUAUAUGGUCGAGAACAAUUUCUGUGUUUCCUUUACUCGAAGCACUCGUACGACAUAAAUAUUCGAACAGCUAAAAGAGAAAGGAAAAGGCGAAGCAAAACAAAUAUUAUUAAGAUUUAAAGGAUGCACCUAGCUAAACCCUGGAGAUUCUCUAUGGUCGAGGAAAUAUUUUGUGUUUCCCUUACUCGAUCGCGAAACACUCAUUCGACGGACUUAAGCAAAUUGAACAUUAUAAAGGUUUAAAGGGGAAGUCCACCCUGAAAUUAAGUUAGUUUUAAUAGGAGUAGAAAAA